AUGCUGUCUUCUUUUUACCUUCUGACUUUUCAAUUUGGGAUUUUGAUCAGUGAGAAACCAUAUGUAAUAAUUACAUCUGAUCAGUCUGAACCGCUCGACAUAGAACCACCUAUAAUCGAUGUUCAUAUUCCAGAAAUUGAACUCUGCCAAGAUAUUGGUACCAAUGACUGUAGACUGUUAAUUCGUCAAAUGUUAAAAUGUCAACGAAUCAUUUUUAAUGAUCCUGGAUUUAGUUUUCAACAAUAUAAUGCAAAUAUUAAUGCACAUCAACAAAUUCUUGUUAAAUACCAAUCAAUGUGUGACGAUCCACAAAACGAUUAUAUAGCUGAUAAUUCGUUUGAUUUUUGA